AUGGACCUCAUGGGCGCCAGCCAGGCGCGCGGGCGGCAGCUCUGCGCCAGGCACAGCCCCGAGCCAUGGAAGCACAACGAGACGAGGAACGAGGGGGGCUGCCCGAACGAGUGGCGGCCUUCGAACCAGCGCCAGAGCGAAGUCGACCGCUUCGGCGCCUGCAAGGCGCGCCGACUCGCCCGCAGGCGGCGCCGCGACGCCUGCGAGGCGGUGCUUCGCGCAGCUGGCAUCAACAUAGAGACGAGGUACAUCGUGAUCCAGGUCCUCAAUCAGAGUAAGCCCCACGAUGGGCAACAGAGCAACUGGAAGGGCGACGUGCAGCCCGAGGAGCAGAACGCGCCGCCAGGCACGGACCUCGAAGCGGAACGGCUCCUGGGCGAACCGCUAGACCCAGCGCGCCCUGCGCCGCCAGCGGUCGCCUACCCCACGGAGGUCUACCUGCGGGAGGACGCGGAGGACAGCAACGCGGACUGCGAGGAGCAGCUCGAGGAGUACCAGCCUGAGCCCGAGAACGACAGCAACAGCGCUGGGAGCAGCGCGAUCGAGAAGAGCGAGCAAGGCCAGGACGACAAGGAGUGCGACACCUUCCAGAAGAACAAAGCGGCAGUCUGCGCCGCGCUCCGCGAUGCAGGCAUCGACGGGCCCAACGCCAACACCCUCGCCCACAUGGCCGCCCUGAACAUGCCCCUCCCAGCCAGGAUCGCCGAGAUCAUCGCAGCCUCCGCCUUCCGGAACACCGGCCACGUCGACACGUACGAGGCCCAGCGGAUCGGCGGCCACAUAGACACCUACGAGGCCCAGAAGACCGACGGCCACGUGAAGCAGAACGAUGCCCAGCGGAUCGGCGACCACGUCGACACGUACGAAGCCCAGUGGACCACCUGCCACGAGAAACAGGACACGAACGAGGCCCAGCGGAUCGGCGACCACGUCGACACGCACGAGGCCCAGUGGAUCAGCGACCACGUCGACACGAACGAGGCCCAGCGGAUCGGCGGCCACGAGAAGAGCUACGGGAGCGACUCCAAGGAUGAGAAGGCAACGGGAGCGAGCCCAAGGCCAGGAAGGUACCACAAGGUGCGCUUCAACGAAGACCCAGAGAUCUACACCUUCGAGGCGGGGCCCGAAUCCCCAGAGACGGCCUCGGAGGACCAAUUCGACACCGAGGACGAGGAAGAAGACCCAAAGAACGACACCGAGAACCUGCCCUACGACCCAGCCGGCCCAGCCGACGACGGCGACGCCCGCUACAACGACGCGCCCCAGGAGAACGUCUCCGACGGCGCGCGCGUCACCAACCUGGAGACCCAGCCUCCGCCCCACAACAUGGUCCUCGGCCACGGCUCCGACCUCAACGACGGCCUCGAGGGCGCCGACUGCGUCAACGCCCUUCGGGGUACGGCGCCAUGGCCGUAA